AUGCUGUUCGACGAUCAAAUCAAGUUACUUCAUCGGAAGAUCGUCGACCCGAACUUUAUCAUACCCCCUUUCAGUUCUGUUGAUGCCAGUCUACAAGAAGAGUCAUCGUAAGUUUAUUUGUGAAAGAUUUAAUUUUAUUUCCUUAGGGUCUGUAGAUAAUUUUUGUUCAAAAACAUUUGCUCUAGUGGUUGAGUACUAGAGUGAAACCAGUGUAGUACCAUGUUGAAAACAAAAAUUAUUUUGCUUAAGGUUUGGGAUUGAGAAAAAAGGUAUAUUGUAGUAGGAUAAACAUUGUUUUUAAACGUUAUGUAUUUAAAAUUCAUUUUGCAUAGUUUUUGCUAGUUGUGUUUAUAAAAUCGACACUAAUUUGUGUGUUUCAGAGAUGGUUUUCGGCUCGGUGGUGCUUGGUUGCUUGCAAUUGUGUUUGCCACAGUCGCUACUUUCUUCUUUUUUCCAAAGAAAGUAAUGGAUGAUCUAGUGGGCAGCUUCAAGACUCGUAAAACCACAAAGAGGACUAAAAAGACAACGCGCAACGACAAUCAGCAACCCGGCUCUAAUCCUCCUGGACCGGCACAAGACGUAGUACAGCCACCACAAUCUGUUAGAAAGUCGUUUGAAAGCUUGGAACUUUGUAUGGACCGUGUAGAAUCUGUUCUGCGUCUGAUCCGGCAACUGUUGACGGGAAAAUAUCCAAGUGAUGCAAGAAGUCGGUUAAUCGCAGCAAGAAGUCUGUUCUAUGAGACAGAAUAUCAGUUAAUUGUAGCGAAAAGUCAGUUAAUUGCAGCAGGAAAUAUUGAAGCAGCAAAUCAGUUGAAUGCAGCACACGUUCCGUUAACGGUAGCAGGAACUAUGUUAAAGGUAGCAGCAGAUUAUCCACUAGCAGUGCAGUUAAUCAGGACAGAAAAAUAUGUAAUUGCAACAAGAAAUCAUUUAAUUGAAGCAAGAAAUCAGUUAAACGCAGCAAAAUAUCAGCCAAUUCCAGCAAGAUCAGCCAAUUGA